GAAAUCCCCCAAAAAAUGCCGAAAAAAACCGGUUAAAAUGGGCCAAAAAUGGCCAAAAAUGGCCCAAAAAUGGCCUCAAAAUGGCUCAAAAAUGGUUUAAAAAUGGCUCAAAAAUGGCUUUAAAAUGGCUCAAAAAUGGGCCCAAAAUGGUGCCCCAAAAUUCACCCCAAAAUCCCCCCAAAAAAAUGGCCAAAAAAUCCCACUUAAAAUGGGCUAAAAAUGGCCCAGAAAUGGCUUAAAAAUGGCCUAAAAAUGGUAUAAAAUGGCCCAAAAAUGGCUUAAAAAUGGUUUAAAAAUGGCCCAAAAAUGGCCCCAAAAUGGUGCCCCAAAAAUCACCCCCAAAUCCCCCAAAAAAAGGCCAAAAAAAUCCCAGUUAAAAUGGCCCAAAAAUGGCUCAAAAAUGGCCCAAAAAUGACCCAAAAAUGGCCCAAAAAUGACUCCAAACCCCCCCAGGAGCUGGGGGACCUGGCCCUGCUGCUCAGGGCGGGAUGCACCAAGGCUCAGGCCAUGAAGCUCCAACUGGUGACAGCCCUGGCCGCCCUGGCCGGCGCCUCCUGCUCCCUGCUGGCCGAAGGCUCCUCCCAGUCCUCCCAGUGCUCCCAGUCUGGAGCUGGGAUUUCCUCGGGAAUCCUUCCCUUCACGGCUGGGGGGUUCAUCUACCUGGGCACGGUGUCGGUGAUCCCGGAGAUCCUGCGGAAUUCCGGGCCCUUCCCGGCCCUCCUGCAGCUCCUGGCGCUGCUGGCUGGGCUGGCCAUGAUGCUGAUUAUUGCUAUUUUUGAGUAGAUUGGGGAAUUUUGGGGGGAAAUCCCGGAAUUCUGGGAGUUUUGGAAUGCCUGGAUAUCGAGUUUUUCCAUGGGAUUGUCCCACUGGGAAUGGGAUCAGGAAUUCCCAAUUUAGGCCCCAAAUAUCCCAAAUUUUCCCACCUCAAAAUCCCAAAUUUUCCCAAUAAAAUCAUCCCAAAAAUUCCCAUAAAAUCACCCCAAAAUUCCCAUAAAAUAAUCCCAAAAUUCCCAUAAAAUCACCCCAAAAAUUCCCAUAAAAUCAUCCCAAAAUUCCCAUGGGAAUGAGAUCCAAAAUUCCCAAUUUAGGACCCCAAAACCCCAUCCCAAAAUCCCAAAUUUUCC